AUGCCGCAACUGUCGCAAACGCGGAGGGUCCUGCACCAAGAAGAGCUCGGGCGAGCCACGGACUCUGCCGCAUGCCACGAGGUUGACGACCGCCAUUUGCAGUCCAAUUCCGCCAGUCGCACCUUUACCAGUCCCACUUCCCCCCAAAGAAGUCCCGACGAGGAACACGAAGAGAAUGAGGAGCGGUUCGCGGACAAUCCGGAGUCGGGGAACUACUUGACCAGCAUGCAGGAGGAUUACCUCCUAGGGCUCUUCUGGCAGUCGUACCACCCGACUUAUCGGAUUAUUGACGAGGCCGAGUUCCGCGAACACUACAGGUCCCUCGUGGGCGUCAACGAUGCGAGCAUCGCGGGGCGAUGGUACUAUCGCCGCUCGCAGGCCUUGCUGACGUCGGAGCUGGAAAGCCCAUCCAUCACCACCCUGCAAUGCCACAUCUUCUGUGUUGUUUACCUGUGUAACGCCUCUUUCCAAAACAUGGCGCAUACAACGUUAGCGCUGGCAUAUACCGUCGAGAGCAAGACUUGCAUGAAGCUUGGACGCUCAUGGUCGGCGCCGGACCUGAUUGCGACAUGUCAGCUCCCCGCUCAUGACCAUGAGCUGGCCCGGCUGUCGGGGUCUACCAUCGCCUCGUACGACAACGUCACCUGGCUGACCUACAGCCGCCUUGUCGCCACGCUCAUUCUGUCCGCCCAGGUUGUGUAUCGGGCAUUCUACAACACCUGCGGCGAAAUCUUGGCGAAGCACGAGGGGACCUGCAAGCCCUGGAGGCAGCGGCAGAAUUGCUCACCGCGCAAAUGAAGAGCCUGCGUGCCUGGCUGCGGGAGGUCCCUACCGCGAUGAAGACCAAACGGAAAGACGGGGGAGCCUUUCUCGACAGAUCAAUCGACCAACUGUGAUAAGCAUGGCGGGUUCAGAUAAUGGGC